AUGACGAUGUCCCCUGAAGCAGAUUCAGCCGGAAGCUCCACUGAGCAGGCCGAGGCCCCUCCCAGAAAGAAACCCUCUCGCAAAGUCGACGAACAUGAUCGCGACGCCGUCCGAGCGAAGCAGAACAGUGCAAUUGCUUGUAUCUUGCCCCUCGUCAAGGAGCGCCCCGAGCUGUAUCACCAGGUCGUUGACCAGAUCAAAAAAACAAAUCUUCGUUCAGCUUGGAGUAGCACAACUUUCUACAGAGACUUCAUGUCCUGGUGUCGUGUCUCUGCGCCAGCAGGAAACGCUCGACCUGACCUUGGCUUCUUCCUGGCUGUGCUAGCUGUAAAUGACUCUCUCGACAUGAGCGCUUCCAAGAUGAGUGAGGAGAUCAGAAGGCUCGGUCUGAGAGAAUGGGCGGAAGAACAGCUCAAGGCUCGACGCCCCUUUCCACCAAUCGAGGAACAGUCUCCAUCGGAAGUUCCUCAAGUGACACCUCGAGUCAAGGUUGAACAACGAGAGAGCACAAUGCUGCCGCAGUUCCGAUCUGAAGACGGCAACAAUGAUAUUCGACAGUCGAUUGAGUUUGACUCGGGUUACCAGCAUACCACCGGCCUCAAACGUCCUUCGCUUGAACACCCAGUCGAGCCCACGAACAAGCGAGUAAAGAUUCCAAUUGAUCCGGCACUUGCCGCCGCCAACCUCAGCAGAAUCGGAGUAUAUGGAGCGCCUCAGCAAAGGAUCGUCCUUCACCAUGCAUCAACGCAGACGGAAGGCGAUGCUACUCUUUCCCGGGCUCUUGAGCCAAUCUUGGAAUACAUGAAGAAAUUGGACAGCCGAAUGGAAGCCUUGGAAGAGCGUGAUAAGAAUUUCCCCGAACACAUGCGCACCCUCCAAGAUCACAACCGAGUUUUGAGGGAGGUGUUGGAAAGAACUCGCGACAUUGAUCAGCUGCGAGUUGUCAGCAACAACAACACAUACUACCAACAAUCUCAGCCUCAGUUUCGUCAGAUGGUUCCGGUUCAAUCAGCCCCUCCUCAGGCAACCGCCUUUAUCCUUGGCACUGACUGCGACACCAACAACAGCGGCGCGUUCUUGACGUUCCAUAAUCAUCGGGUAGGGCGCGGCGAAGGACAAAGAUGA